AUGAAUUUUAUAAAGUCUUUGUUUUCAUAAUCUAAUCCAUAGUAAAAAAGAGUUUUGUAAAGGAAUGCUGCCGAAUCUUCUAUACUUGAUAUACAAUUCACCUAAGUUAGACUAUAAGAUAUAAAAAUAAUAACCAAAGACUUGAGAAAAUUAGAAGAAAUUCUAAAAUAUUAACCAGAAACAAUAAAUGAACAAUUUAAGAGAUGUUAUAGUUUUCAUGUCAUUUUAAGCAGUGAUUAAGUUUAAUCUAUAGAAAAGAUUGUCUAAUAUUUUGAAAAUUAUCAACAAAAUUAUUGUAAGCAAACAUUUUAGAAUACUAAAUCCAAGACUAUGGCUACAUAGAAUAUUAAUUAAACAAAUAUGUAUACAAAUGAACAAAAAAUGAUUACAGUUUAAUACCAAAAUUCUAUGUUUCUUAAUGUUUCUGAUGUAAUCAUUAGAAAUUAUUGAUAUUUUAGUAAAUUUAAUUGUUUGAACAGAUAAAUUAAAAUGAAAAAGGAUUUAUGAAUAUAUAUUUCAAUUACAUACAAAGAAUAACUCAAAAUAAUGAUAUCUAUACUUCUUGUAGAUUUUAAUAAUACCCUAUAUAGGAUGAUGCACAUAACCGUAAAAUUUAGUUUAUGUGGUUGUUUAAAAUAAUCAAUUUACUAAAUUUUAAGUUAAGCUUUAUCCCUUACUUCCAGUUUAAUUUUAAACAUAAGACAUAAAAUACUUUUAUCAUUCGAGAUAUUGCAUAUUUAGUAUAUAAAGAUUGUUUAGUAGAAUAUUCAUUCUUAAGAAAUGAAAUUACUGAUAUGCUUGAGUCUUAUUCAUCAUUUUAAAUAAAAGAAUGUAUAAAUUUAACAAAUUUAGCACUUUAAUUUUAUGAAUUAAUCUUGAUAAUGAAAGAAGUUACAAAUAAGAUGAAUAUAUUUUAUGAAAUGAGAUCUUUAUUUGCUCUCAAUUCUGCAUCAGUCAGAGAUUUAAAAUGGUUUACAAUUGAAAAAAAAUAGAUGAUAGAAAUAGACAAUUAUAUUUCUAAAAUUAAAUUACUUAAUACAUCAUAAUUUAAAAAGAGUCUAAUGAUUUAAAAUUAAAAAUAUGUUAUGGAGAACUCAUAAAAAGCUUUUUAAGACUCUAAUCAACUAGAUAAUUCAUUUAAAAAAGUAAUAUUAAAAUUCAUUUUAUAAUAGGAACCAACCACUGCAAAAAACAUAAAAAAUUCUAAUGAAUGUUUAUAUUCACCUAUAAAUUUAAAAUUAUUCAAAAUAGGAGAACAUUCCAGAUAAUAAUCAAGAAAUUUUAAGAAUCUUUGA